CUCCAUUCUUAUAAAUCAUUUUUCAACAAUGUCUACACAAAUUCGGUUGCUAAGUAAAGUUUAUGGGCAGCAAUUUAACAAGCGUUUUUUUAGUAACGGUUUAAAAAGAGCACACAAUGUUGAAUUACCUAAACGAGCAGAUGUUGUAAUCAUAGGAGGAGGAAGUGCUGGAUGUAACACAUUAUAUCAACUUUCAAAACGUAAUGUUAAAGCGAUUCUAUUAGAAAGGAACAAAAUAACAUGCGGUACAACUUGGCACACUGCAGGAUUGAUUCGAAGUCUUCAAUCAAGUGAUAUCGAUAUUGCUUUAUUAAAUACAACUCGUAACGUGAUCAAAGGUUUGGAAGAAGAAACUGAAAUACAUCCAGGAUGGAUAAAUAAUGGUUCUUUAUUUAUUAUUCGGACGCAAGAGAGAGAACAGGACUAUAUACGCCAAUCAACGUUGGGGAAAUUUUUCAAUAUUAAAAGUGAAAUCUUAAGCUCCAAAGAAAUCACAAAAUUAUUUCCAUUGCUUGAUGAAAAUUCGUAUCAAAGUGCCUUAUACUGUCCAGAAGAUGGUGUAAUAGAUCCAGCAAUGUUAUGUAACGCGCUGAACAAAGGUUCUUCAAACAAUGGCGGAAAAAUCUUUGAGAAUUGUCCAGUAACUGAAAUACAAACUGAACUGAUGAAUGGUAAAAAUAAAAUUGCUGGUGUUUUCACACCUUUUGGAUUAAUUGAAACAAAAUGUGUUGUUAACUGUACUGGUGCAUGGGCAAAUGAUUUAACCAAAGGUUUAAAUUUAAAUUUACCUUUGAUUUCAACAAAACAUUCGUAUGUGGUAACAAAUAGUAUGAAAAGUAUUCGUGGGGUGCCAAGUGUUAGAGAUCAAGACGCAUCUAUCUAUAUGCGAAUUCAAGGAGAAUCAAUUUGUUUAGGUGGAUAUGAAUAUAACCCGGAAAUUUUAAACAAAGCACCAGACAAUUUCUAUUUCGGUUUAUUUGAACUAAACUGGGAAGUGUUUGAAAGUCUUAUGCGAGGUGCUAUUAAGUUGUGCCCCAAAUUAGAAGAAAUAGGUAUCAAGUCUACUAUUUCUGGUCCUGAGAGUUUUACACCUGACCAUAAACCAAUUAUGGGAGAGGAUCCUAGAUUAAUAGGUUUGUACCAUAAUUGUGGAUUUAAUUCUGCGGGUAUGAUGUUGGGCGGAGGUUGUGCAGAACAAAUUGCUUUAUGGGUACUACAAGGUCGACCCGAUCUACCAAUGUUUGCAUUUGACAUUCGAAGAUUCUUACCAAAAAUGUUAUCGGAUCGUGAUUGGAUAGUAGAAAAGACUCAUGAAGUUUAUGCUAAGUCCUAUAAUACACACUUUCCUUUGGAUGAUUCUUUAGCUGGACGUAAUUUAUUUCAAAGUCCAUUUCAUGAGGAAUUAGUUAAAGCAGGAGCUUUUAUGGAACAGAAAUCAGGAUGGGAAAGACCACGAUACUUUAGAGAUGACAAUAAAAGUGUAGUUCCUGAAAAAUAUCGAUGGUAUGGCGCUUAUGGUAAUACUAGCGAAAAAACUUCUUAUGAAAUAGAAUUAGAUAAAGAAUGUACAUUUUCGUAUCCUGAAUCCCAAAAUUUGGUACGGAAUGAAGCAUUAGCUUGUAGGAAUGGGGUAGGUAUGAUUGAUAUAUCAUAUUAUUGCAAAUUUUAUGUGCACGGUAAAGAUUCUCAAAAGUUUAUGGAUUGGGUAUUUAGUGGAAAUAUGAAACAAAAGCAUGGAAAAGCUGUGUACACUUGUGCUUUGAAUGAUAAAGGGGGUGUUGAAGCAGACGUAACAAUUACUUCAUUUAAAACGCAUCCAUUUGAAAGUGUUAAGGAACCUGGUUUCUAUAUAGUUGCUGGAGGCGCUACUGCUAACUAUACUUGGAGUCAUUUAAAUAAAUGUUUAGAAAAUACCAAUUGGAAUGUUCAAAUGAACGAUUUAACCAGUGAUUUAGGAAUUUUAAGUAUUCAAGGACCAAAAAGUAAUAUUUUGCUCUCAAAUUUAACGGAUGAAAUUAAUCAUUUAUCACUAUAUGAAACAAAAGUUGUAAAUUUGAAAGGAUCUCCAUGUUUAAUAAUGCGUAUAAGUUUUGUUGGCGAACUUGGCUACGAAUUACAUAUUCCAAAACAACAUUGUGCCAGUAUUUAUCAACAAAUUACACAAAUUGGACAUAAAUAUGAUUUGAAACAUGUUGGAUUUAGAGCUAUGUAUGCAUUAAGUGCUGAAAAAGGUUACCAUUUAUGGAAUCUCGAUUUAAGAAGUAAUGAUAGCCCACUUGAAGCUAAUUUAUUAUUCACAUGUCGUAAAGAUGGCGAAUAUAUUGGAAAAAACGCAAUCGACAAAUUAAAAAGUAAAGGUGUGCAUAAAAAACUUGCGUAUUUUACAUUAGAUUGUGAUCAACCAUUAUGGGGCUUGGAAACAAUUUGGAAAAAUGGUGAACGAGUUGGUUAUCUAGCUAGAGGCGAUUAUGCCUUUAGUUUGGAUUGUAAUAUAGGAAUUGGGUACGUGAAACAUCCGAAAGGUGAACAUAUUACAGAUGAAUACUUGUUGAAUGGUAAUUAUGAAUUAGAAGUAAUGGGAAAAAAGUAUCAAGCGAAAAUUCACAAACGCAGUCCAUUUGACCCUGAAAGUAGACGAAUGUUAAAUAUCUAAGAAAAUUAUUGUGAAUGGAUUGGAGAUUAGUUGUAUAAUGGAUCGGAUCCAAAGCAAUGUCAUAUUUCGUAUUCACAUUUGAUGUUUUAUCUUCAUUUCAUCGUCGAUGAAGUAUUUAAAAAUUUCUACCGAUUAGCAGAAAACAAAACAAGUUGUGUAUCGUCGUUGUCGGAUCCAAAUCAAGACAAGUCAAAGGAACUGCUACUGCUUAAUGUCGAUUCUUGAAGCUCUAGAGUUAAUCUGUCUUCAUAGCAACUGAACAGAAAAAUGAAAUUAUAAUGUGGGCUGUCAAGUCUAAAUAGUUUUAGAUAGUGCGUAUUUAGGGGUUCAGUGGAAAGGAAUGGCGUUUUUUUCGACUUUCUGAAGAUUACGAC